UGAAACUAGUCCCUUCGCGAGGCCAAGCUCCGCCAUCGCGACUUGCACGUGCGAGGAACCUUGCGACUGUAACCUUGGAAGGUCGUUUUGCUUCUUUGAGGGGUUUCAGUCGGAUCGACGCGUCUGUGCUGUUGUCGUCAUCGCCAUGAUACCUAUUACCAUCAUCACGGGCUUCUUGGGCUCGGGUAAAACCACACUCAUCCUGAACCUGAUUCCCCAACUACCCAAAACGUACAAGCUCGCGCUCCUAAAGAACGAAUAUGGCGAUAUCAAAGUCGACACAGCGCUCGCCUCCUCGGCUGCCAUAUCCGGUGUACAAGAACUGCUCAAUGGGUGCAUAUGUUGCAACCUCGUCGGGCAGCUCUCUGACGCCCUCGAAACGCUUGCCAACGACGUAAACCCUGACCGCAUAGUCAUCGAGACCUCAGGCUCCGCGUUCCCCGCAACCCUCGCCAUGGAAGUAAACCGACUGAGCAGGGAGACGGGGAAAUACGUUCUAGAUGGAGUCAUGAGUGUGAUUGACGUGGAGAAUUGGAAGGGCUACGAGGACACAAGCUACACGGCGAAAAUGCAGGCACGAUACACCGAUCUCAUUGUUCUCAACAAGCACGAGCUUGUCAGCGAGAGACGGUUGGAAGAUGUGGAAGACGCAGUGCUAGCGCUGGAGGUGGAGCCACAAAUACCCAGGACGAAGAGCAGGAAAGGGUGGGUGGAUAAGGACAUCGUGUUCGGACUGGACGCGAGGCUGGCAGGUGUCACGGAAGAGAACGGAAGCAAACAUGCGCAUGAACAUGACCAUGAUCAUUCCAGCGAAGUCGAGGUCCUCACAGUCACACUGAAAAGCCAGGAUGGAAAUAGUAGUGUCGACACUGCGAAACUCGCCAAACUCCUCGAGGACCCUACAAAAGACGAGGUAUACCGGAUAAAAGGCAUCUUGUACUCUUCAAUGCCACCGAAAUCAUCAGAUGCUGAUGCCGAUGCGCAUCAGAAAGUACCGGAAGGUCGGGCAAGAUAUAUUCUGAAUUGGUCGUUCGGCCGCUGGACGUUUACGCCCGUUCCGCUACCAGCUGGCGAGAGCUCCAGCGAAGAAGAGCCGGUUCUGAGGUUGACGGUAAUUACGGCGAGGUAUGAGUCGACUAAGUGGAAGAAGCAGAUUGAGUCGUGUGGGCUCAUUGCGUUGGAGGGUGGUGCGGAGGGUUCGUUGACGGUUGAGAAGAUAGCGUAGGCGGGGGCAUGCAUGUUUGGUAUACCCAGCUCGACACUUAGAUAAAACGGAUAGAAUAGACUACACUAUCACAAAGCCGUUCCUGCGUACUCGGGGUUUAGCCGUUGUUCCUAGUCGAUGCAGGCGCGAUUGGUGAAUAGCGUGGUGGGGCGCUGAUGUCCAACGUCGACCCCGUGUCCACGCACAAGUAGGCCGGCUCUAAUCAGAUUAGUAUGUUGAG